AUGUUGUCUCACCACCAAGACCAUCAGCAGCAUCAUAUGCAGCAGCAGCAGCAGCAGCAGCAAAAGGAGCAGCAGCAGCAGCAGCAGCAGCAGCAGCAGCAAUCUCUGUUGUCUUUCCCCGUCGUUCGGGUCUAUCCUUAUGUGCAGCGCUAUGCCUGGGGUUUUGCUGCCAGCAAAUCCCUUGUUGCUGCUGUUGCGCAGGCAGCAGCAGCCUGCGCCAACUACCCGCAGCAGCAGCAGCAGCAGCAGCAGCAGCAGCAGCAGGAUUCCGAGCGGUUUGCAGAGCUGUGGAUAGGAGACCAUCCAAAUGGCUGCUCUCUCGUUGCCCCUGUUGACAGCAGCUCACCAGCAGCAGCAGCAGCAGCAGCAGCAGCAGCAGCACCUGCAGCAGCAGCAGCAGCAGCAAAAGCGCCAAUUUCCUUAGCAGAGUACCUGAGACGCCUCAGCCAGCAGCCCCGCCAGCGCCCGCCGCCGCAGCAACAGCAGCAGCAGCAGCAGCAGCAGCAGCAGCAGCAGCAGCGGGGCAGUGGUCUGCCAUUUUUGUUUAAGGUGCUGUCUGUGUCUUCUCCGCUGUCUCUACAGUGCCACCCAGACUCUUCUUUAGCAGCAAAACUGCAUCAGCAGCAGCAGCAGCAGUUUCCCGACAGCAGCCACAAACCCGAACUUGCAAUUGCUGCUGCUCCUUUUGCUGCUCUCGCGGGCUUCCGAGCAGCAGCAGCAAUUGGCCUGCUGCUGCAGCACAACCAGCAGCUGCAGCAGGCUUUGGGGGACCACUUCAUGGCCUCGCAGGAAGCAAAAAAGCUGCUGCACUUAGCGCAGCAGCAGCAGCAGCAGCAGCAGCAGGACGAAGAGGAGGGGAGGUUAGUGAAGGCUGCCUUUGCUGCGCUGCUGCGGGCGGACGCGCACCACCAGCAGCUGCAGCAGCAGCAGCAGCAGCAGCGGCAGCAGCAGCAGCAGCAGGCCCUCAGGGCCCUCCACGAACGCCUAAAAAAAAACCCUCCGCCCCACCCCCAGCAGCAGCAGCAGCAGCAGCAGCAGCAGCAGCAGCAGCAGCAGCAGCAGCAGCAGGAAGCGGACUGGGUGGCGCUGCUGCUGCUGUCUCACUACCCAACAGACGUGGGCUGUUUUGCUGCUUACUUUUUAAAUUUAAUUCUUUUAAAAGAAGGAGAAGCAAUUUUCAUUCCCCCCAACUACAUGCACUGCUACUUGCAAGGCCACUGCAUAGAGCUAAUGGCUGCUUCUGACAAUGUCAUAAGAGGGGGGUUGACUUCCAAAACCCUAAACCCUAAUUUGCUGCUGCAAACCCUCGACUUCAAACCCUCGGCCCAAACCCCCGCAACAAAUGUGCAGCAGCUGCUGCCGCUGGAGCAGCAGCAGCAGCUGCUGCUGCUCAAGCAGCUCUGCACCCCUCCAGACCAGCAGCAGCAGCAGCAGCAGCAGCAGCAGCAGCAGCAGCAACUGCAGCAGCAGCAGCAGCAAGGGGAGUGCCGCUUAUACCACCCUCCUCUUUACAAAUUUAACGAAUUCUGCACAGUGAGGGUUUUGCUGCCUCCCAAUGCCAAGAGGUCUCUAGCGCUGCUGCAUCGGACCCCAGGAGUGCUGCUGGUGCUGUCUGCGCCUUGGCCUGCCGUCAUGCGCGUUAGCAGCAGCAGCAGCAGCAACAGCAACAGCAGCUGCAGCAACAGCAGCAGCAGCAGCAACACGAGGGACAUGUGCGUGCCUUUGCGAGCUGGGGACAUAUUUUUUAUUGCUGCUGAGUCGACCGUUACUUUGGAAACUGGAGAGAAGCAGCAAAUGGGAAAAGAAGAAGAAAUGCAAAGAAGCACAAACCCCAUUGCCAAGCUGCUGCAGCAGCUGCAGCAGCAGCAGCAGCAGCAGCAGCAACAGCAGCAGCAGCAGCAGCAGCAGCUAAACAGCAGCAACAAUUUCCUCGCCUUCCUUGUAACCGGAGGCUUGACAGCGCAAAUGUUUCAGUGA